AUGCCACUACCUCCACCGAAUACAUAUCCACCAGGUACAAAAUUGACUGUAGGAUCCCAUGAUAUUUCAAUCAUUAAAUACUUAUCUGAAGGAGGGUUCGCUCAUGUUUACACUUGUUAUAUAGAUCCGCCAUUCAAGGGAUCGAAUAUUGCAUGUUUGAAGAGGGUAGCUGUUCCCAAUAAAUUGCAGUUGAAUCUUUUGAGACAGGAGGUUGAUGCAAUGAAAAGAUUGAAAGGAAACACACAUAUUGUUUCUUAUAUUGAUUCGCAUGCGUCGAGACUUGGCAAUCCAGGAGGUGGACAUUCAACAGCACAGCAGUAUGAAGUGUUUGUGUUGAUGGAGUAUUGUUCGAAGAAUGGAUUGAUAGAUUUCAUGAACACAAGGUUGACACACAAGCUCACGGAGCCUGAAAUUUUGACUAUAAUGCAUGAUAUAACCAUAGGAGUGGCUAUGUGCCAUCAUUUGAAGCCGCCAUUAUUGCAUCGAGACAUUAAAAUAGAGAAUGUGUUAAUUGACUCGAAAGGUGUUUAUAAGUUGUGUGACUUUGGAUCAGCGGUAGGGUACCUUCCCGUACCUAAAAAUGCAAACGAGUUCAGGGAAUUACACGAAGACUUAAUGCAGCAUACAACUCCACAAUAUAGGGCCCCAGAGAUGAUUGAUUUAUCUAGAGGAUUUCCAAUUGAUGAUAAACUGGAUAUUUGGGCAUUAGGGUGCUUUCUAUAUAAACUCUGUUACUAUACAACGCCGUUCGAGCUGCCAAGUCAUUCCUCGUUACAAGAUAUGGAAAAGCUGAUUCUCAAUUGCAGUAAUACUUUAAAAUUACCACAUAAUCAUCCUGGUCUGCUGUUCUCAUUAAGGUUGAAAAAUGUUAUUAAGUGUUGCUUGAGAGAAGACCCUAGGAGAAGACCUAACGCAGUUCAAUUGUUAGAAGAAAUAUGCUUAAUGAAAGGUAUCACAAAAGUUCCAGAUGUUAUUCCAUACACUUUGAAAGAGCAUCAUGGUCAUAACAAAGCACAUUCCCAUAUGGCAAACAAUACACAUCAUAGAUCGCAUGAUAUAGAUGAAAAGGCUCCAAUUUUACCUGAAAGAAAACAUUCUUCACCUUCGAAUAUAUCAGUUGACCACAAGAAUAACACUUCUAAGCCAGUAGACCCGUUUGCAUCUAUAGAUAAAUCGAAGAUGUUGCAACAUUCUGCGUCGACAAGUAAUAAAAUUUCGGAGAAGAAGACAAUUCAUAGACCAAUGUCUACGUAUAUGCCCACUUAUUCGGCUACUAGUGCCAAACCGAAGCCUAAACCUAGACCUUUGAGCUCUUAUAUUGAAGAUGAUAUGAAAGGCCGGCAAUAUAGAUCUGCCUCACCAUUACAAACAGCACCUUCUACCACAUCAUUACAGGACUUUAUUAAACAACAGAUAAAUGAAAGUAACGAUGAUAUAUCUACUAAAAAAUUACAAGAUCAAGACCAGAGCACCUUAGAUUUUUUGAAGAGUAAAGAAGAAGAAACCCAAAAAGGCUUGCUGCUGAGACAGAACACAGGUGGUAGUUUGAAACAAUCUAUUAGAAAUGGAUUAAGAAAAUUCAGUACAGGGGGAAGUAGUAAUGGCAUUCAUGGUAACUAUAGUUCUGAAAAUUUAUCGCAAAAUAAAAGAUCUAGUAUAUCGUCUAUCAAGCAAAUAUUUACUGGAAGCUCGUACAAGAAGUCAAGUUCUGAUGAACCAAGUGAUUCAAGUGAGAGCUUAUCGCGUGUACAGUCUCCUCAAGAAGAAAAAGGGGUCAAAAAAUUGUCUAUUCAACGUAGGAUGCAAAUGUUGAUGAAGAAUAGUAAUGAGGACCUGCCUGUUAUAAAAACAGCACAUGGGUAUGGCAAAUUUACUGAUCAGGAUGACAUAGCUGCUAUUAACGAUAAUAGUACGGCUAAUUCCUUGGCAAAUGAAAAAUAUAUAGAUAUACCAAAACGGAGUUCAGCUAACUCUCUGGUUGGUAAAGCUCGUCCAGUCCCACCAAAAGUACCACAGAGCUUGUCGUCCUCUAAAAUCACGCACAACGUGAAUAAUAAUUCAGCUAAAACUAGAGAUAUGAAAUCUAUAAAGGAUUCACAUAAAUUUCAACAUGGUUCUAAGAAACCGCCACCUAAACCUCGAAAGCCAGCUCAUUUAAAGUCUCCUGAAAAUGACACUAGGAACCACGAAAGAAAGUUGAGCAAUGCAAGCACGAUUUCUAUUCCUGAUGUGGAUGAUUUGGAAAAAGAAUUUUCUAAAAGAUUCCCCAGUUAUGUCUAA